AUGCUCGCGACAGCAGAUAUGUCUGAUGGCUACACAAACGGUGCCCGUCUGAAGAUUUCGACUUCCUCAAAGCCAAAAUUCCAUUUCAUUGCUGGCCUGGCUUCCGGGCUCUCUUCUGCCAUUCUCCUCCAACCUGCAGACCUUCUGAAGACUAGAAUCCAACAGGCACACCAAACCUCUGCACUCCUUUUCACCAUUCGCAAAAUCCUUGCAUCACCGCAGCCUAUCCGAGGUCUCUGGCGAGGGACACUACCCUCAGCACUUCGAACGGGAUUUGGCUCCGCUCUAUACUUUUCUAGCUUAAAUGCAUUAAGGCAAUGUAUAGCAAACCAGGGCGCAUUAGUCCCUCUCCAUGGUGAUCGCGAUGACAAGCGCACGCGCACAUCCGCGCUUCCGAAACUCUCUCAUACAGCAAACCUCCUUACCGGAGCCAUGGCAAGAACUGCGGCAGGGUUCAUCAUGAUGCCUGUUACUGUCAUAAAAGUUCGCUAUGAAUCAGAUUAUUACGCCUACCGUAGCAUUUGGGGUGCUGGGCGGGAUAUUGUGCGUUCAGAAGGUUUCAGAGGCUUAUUUUCCGGUUUUGGCGCAACGGCGAUUCGUGAUGCGCCGUAUGCUGGUCUCUAUGUUGUAUUUUACGAGCAAUCGAAGAAGAAUCUUAAUGCAUUGAACUUCGGUGGAUUGACGACGGCACGGCCGCUCUCCGACGAGCCGGCUCGCGAGGAUAACUCGGAAAAGCAGCUUGUUACCUCGUCCAUAUCGGUUAAUUUUGUCUCCGGUGCGCUGGCUGCAGGCUUGGCGACCAGCAUCACGAACCCAUUCGAUGUGGUUAAGACACGGUUGCAGCUGAUGCCGAACAAGUAUCGCAAUAUGGCCCACGCGGUGCGGCUAGUGCUCCGUGAAGACGGAGUGCGGAGCCUUUUCGGGGGCUUGGGUUUGCGCAUGGGCCGCAAAGCAAUUAGCUCUGCGCUUGCAUGGACUGUAUAUGAAGAACUGAUCCUAAAAGCCGAAAAGAGGUGGCCAGAUCAGGAUAAUAUCGAGCAAUUAACGCCAUAA